UUUAUUCCACAUCGUUAUAAAACUUGUUAAAAAGAGAAUCAGAGUACAGCGUAGUUUUCAACGUACUUCGCAAAUGAAAUUCGCAUCGACCCAAUACCUUCUAGUAUACUCUAUCGAACGCGUUAAUUAACUUAUGAUACCUGAGUAUAGAUAAGCCGACUAAUGACGCAACAUGUGCUGCGUUUGUACAAGGUAUCGUUAGAGAACGACUAGUCACGUCAUUCCCAAAAUCUUCCGAAUGAAAUUUUGCGAGAUAUUCUAACGACAAUGACACGAAGCAUCCUCGUACCUGUCACACCAGCGAAACAACUUCGCUCCCAUUUUUAUCUCAGCAGAAACGCAACAUUUGCUUCGCUUCGAGAGUUUGCUGGCUAACCGCGAAGAAUUGUGGGAACAUUGGCGAAGUAAAAGUAAAGCAGCUACGAGUCGCGUUUCGCAAGUCGGAAAUUCGUACGGUGGUUGGUCUGACGUAACCCGUUACGAACCGUUGCGCGUUCAAUGGUCCAUAUUGCGCGUUACUUCUCAAACAGAAUAAACAUCGUCUCCGAUGAUUUAGCUAUGCAUCGAAAUAUCUUUCUAAGAGUUUCUUCGUUAGAUAUCAGAGGACGUGAAGACUGAUAGGAACGUGAAAGACAUAAUAUCAGCGUGGUUGAACAAAAAGUCACGAUCCUUAGCUAGUGCUUCCGCGUUUCUUGCAGUUAUUAAUAAAAGCUCGUUCUCUGUACACGAUGGGGCGACUGCGAGCCGCCUCUUCUUCGGCAACGGGACGAUCUCACGGCCUGUAAUCAGUCGGCGGAUCUCCCAAGAGCUAAUUAGAAACUUAUGGAGAAGAGGUUUCUGUCAGCAACGUUCCUCAAGCCAGCGGAAGAAGCCUUUUCCUCUGGUAACGAUAACAGAUCGUUAUGCGCACAUACGCUCGUGCUUUUCGUCUACAAUUUCAUCCGUUCGAGUUAGGUGCAAUUACUCUUAACUGCUUCGAACGAGCGUUCGCAGUCAGUAGAGGUAGAACAGUCGAAUAUAGGAUAUAUUUGAUGAAUUCUCGUAAUUCGAAUACAUAGUAUUUCUGAACGAGUUAUAGACAUCGGAACCGAAAGUAGGUUCUUUAAAAGAGGAACAGCUUUACUGCCAAAACAUUAGAGCCAGGUGCGCGUUUUCGCGCUGCGUAUCGUGACACGAAGUUGCAUGACGCUACGUCGUUAGCCAGGUAUUCGUAAAUGCAGCAAGUCCUUGGCAAAGUCUUGAAUCAAUUGUUUUCCGUCGAAGCGAUAAGAAAAAAAAAUAGCCGGUAGCAAAAUAAAUCGAUUCGAUACGAUUACUUUGAAGCCUAAAAAGCGAGAGACGCAAAGAGACUUUGAUAUGGCGGAACGGCGGCGAAGGCCAACGAAAAAAAGUGCACCGAUGCAACUUACCGUAACGAUCGUGUCUGUUAUUGUCGAUUGCAUCGUGGAGCGCGCACGUGCCAGCACCAAGUGCAACGUAAAUAGCUUCCGCGAUGUGUCUUGCGGCAGACCGCAAGAAGAAAGAAAUUCUGUCAUUGAAAUUGUCAACUAACAGUGCGCAAAUCUUUCGAUACUUUUUCCUAAGUUUCUUCGAUACUUUUGAAGGUGCAGUUUGCAACGCUUCCGCUUUGUUAUUUCCGCUUUGAAACAGACUGACGCUGUUGUGGACGGAGCUUAAUACUCGAGAAGAAAGCGGAGUAAGAAGGGAACAGCGAAGAGAACGCGAAGCAAUUACUUUGCCCCACCGUUUAAAUCGUUCGAGGAGUUUCGUUAUUACCUUUUUUGCGAACAUUAAAGUCGGUCGCCUCGAUGGGCGCAUAUAGAGAGAGAGUUUCACUUUUCCCACGAUUAUCUGUCAUCCAAUGAUUUCAAUCGAUCGGGUUUUUUCUCAAUUAUUGGCAAUUGCACCAGCGGCGAUUAGUACAUACUCAUAUAAGUGCAAGUGAUCGUUUCAACCCUGAAAUCAGUCACGCAACAUUUACUAUAGUAUUCUGUAGUUCGAUCGGGAAUCGAAUGUUCAGCGAUAAAUUUCGUUUCGCUGAGACUAGCACGGUUAUGAAAGAAGAAAAAUGUUGAGUAUGUGGCUGGGCGAUCCAGAGGUAUAUUUCCGCGGAAGGAAAAGUCUGGAUGCAGCGACAAAGAUUUUCGGUGUUAGACUAAUGGAGCACGCCGAUCUGCUUAAUCUCGAGCAACUCAUACGUCCGGAGACGUAUGAAAUUUUUGGAGACGUGGACCUCGAACGCAUCUUCGAAGCGAGUUGUCUAUCAAUGGUGCAGUGUAACGAAAAGUGUGAAAUCGUUUCAGGCAUAUGCCUUUGCAAUUAUCCGAAUGUGCCGUCGGUGACUCCAGAUGAUUGGCUGACUUGGUUGUACAGAUUGUACAAGAUCGAAGAUGUGACAGAAGGAAACGCGAUGUUUAUACAUAUCCUCGUCUGGGACAUACGAUAUACUGGCAACUUCUUCGCAGACCUACUGACAGGACUCUUCGAUAUCACGUCGUAUUUGCAGCACGUGAUUCUCGUGAUUCCUCCUCAGAUUAUUAUACGUGAGACCAAAGAUGGAUCUUUCGGUAGACGCGGCUCAAAACCACCGGUGGUUUUAAUUUUCCAGCUGCCGCUGACGUGUUCGAACAGCAUGAUCAGGAUCCCGCAAUACUGUGCCGACAAGCCGUCCGUGCAGUCAAUCUACAUAACCGAACGUCAUCUAAAAAAUCCCAGGCUCAAGAUUCGACGUGCUGUAGAAGAGGAUAACGACGACAUAGUAGCGAUCAUCGACGCGGAGUCGAGCCUCGUAAAAGAAUUUUAUGGAGAAUUUUACGUCAGCGAGAUGAUUCGCAAUCCUGACAACUAUCGACGAUUGAUCGUUUCCGAGGAUGACGAUGGUUUUGCUACUGGCGUAAUGUUUCUCAAUAGCAACGUAGAUGUAGAUACGCUCAAUCAGAAUUUCGAACUGCGACCGUACAAUGGUCUUAGGAAGAUCCAUGAAAAGGACAAAUUUCUCCGACAAAGCAUGCAGCCUGCCAGCAAGACGUUCUUCUCUAUAUUUUGGAGAAAGUCUCUUAAGGAAUCAACGGAACAGUUAGUAUUUUUUAUUGUACUUCGUUUUGAGACACAUCGAAUUUGUGACUUAUUCUUUUUGAAGACUAAUUCUGGAGAAUACGUCUUGAGUAGAUUUAUCUGCCAGAUGCAUUUAUGUCAGACAUAUUCACACUGCAUUAGAUCCUCCGAGAAACUUUCACCGGAAGAGAGCAUGGAAAGCUUCGAGGACACAGACUCUAGAGUUUCUGCAGCUUCCAACGAUGAAUCGACGAAACUGAUACCACCUACGAGAAAACUGAUCGGUCCAUCGAUAAUGUCCUCCGACAGUGAUCUGCAAUCGAUAGCCGGUUACUUCGACACGUACUAUCAAUCAAAAUUGAUGACCAACGCGUUCACAGACUCAUUAUUUACUAUACCACGUGAGUUCCCAACGAAUUUCGACUUACUGUUCGAUUUUUAUUUAAGAGGAACAAAACCAAUUGCGACAUUUUUUUGCAACAAAGGAAGAUCUAUCGUUAUCUUCAGUGACUCUUUCGGAGACCCAGUAUUUGACAAGAUCGAUGUCCCUUCACAGCCUGUUUAUCACGGCGAUGUUAACGCAUUCGUUUUGGAAAUCUUCGCGAUGAAAGAUCAAAUAAAACGUCGCUGGAGUAGGAACUUCAUGGAGGCUGCGUUCGAGUGUUUUCCCGACUUGGAUUAUUGCGUGAUCCUUCUGCCUUUCUCUCAUCCUUACUUUCCUCUCCUCCAACAUUUCGUGCGUGUGCCACUCAAGUGCAACAAGGAUUAUCCGAUGACGCUAUACGUAAUGCAUCGUACUGCUCUUUUGGGUCACAUAAAGCUUCGAGAAGCUAAGCCUUCCGAUAGAAACGACAUACAAGAACUUUUACAGAAUAUUCCAAAAGCAGAGCAAGUUUUAAUAGACUUUGACAUCGCAAUGGACAAAAAACCAUCAGAGAUGCAGUGUUAUGUCUGUCAAUGGAAGGACAGGAUAAUCGGUAUAGCAAUUCUUUGUGUCGAGAAAGAAGUCACGUAUAUUAGACGACGUUAUCACAUAGAAGAUUACAUCGCAGAGAAAAAUAUACCUGGCGAUGCUUAUGGACGUAUUCUACAUUUCAUACUGAUGCCAGUUUUCUCCAUUCAUCUGCCCUUCUUCUUCUGCGAGAUCGCUCGUUUUAGUGGCAUGAUCGUUCUUUAUUAUCGACUUACAGAAACAGCGUUGAGUGCAUUGACUCGUACGCAUCCUCUGACAAUAUGCUUGAACACUAUGGUUCCUGUGAGGCCUCGUCGAAGAAUCGAAUACAAGUAUCAUGGUUUCGUGGAAACUGACGAGUCUAUGCAACGAACUGAACAUUUUUCGCUUUUCAUGACGUCACCAAGGAUCGCAUUGAUACCAAAACCGAUCAUCGAAUCGAGGGUGGUUGUGGUGGGCGCCUCGGAUUGUGCUGUUGCAUUCUUAGAACAUCUUAUUUUUGGACGAAGCUUUAUACGAUUCGCGAAUAUCACUCUGAUAUCACCACACGGCUUACCUUUCGAGGACGAAGACGAAAUGUGCGCGCGUUUGCUACCCUUCAAAGGCCGAUAUUGUCCGAGGUAUCGCCGGCUGAUUGGGGCACGUUUUCGAAUUAGUAUUGUAUAUGGAACAGUGACGUCGAUUCAAAGGAAAGAGAAAUACGUAACUGUGAUGCAUCAAGGAAACAUUACAUACGAUUAUCUCAUCUUAACCUGUGGAAUGCAGUAUCAGCGUCCUCAAUUUCAGGAUGAAUUGGACAAACAGAAAAAAGGAGAAUUUUUGCAGCACGAAGCACCUUGGAACUGCUUGACGCUUAAUGACGAUACAGAAGCAGCUAUCUGUUUAGAGAAGAUCGAAGAGUUGACGAAUAAAUUGAAACGCGAAAGGAAGAUUAUUUUUUAUGGACAUAACAUCGAUUGUUAUUGCGCCCUUCAAGGAUUGCUCGAAUUUGGAGUUAAGGGUUCUUGGAUCACACUGAUCCAACCGCCAUUGCAAAAGUGUACAUCCUACGAAAAUAUCUUCUUCAACGAUUGCGAAGUACAAAAAGCACGCGAAUUAGAUUUGUUUAUCUUUAAUCGUUCCAACGACACUCUUCGACUGCACUGUACAACACUGAGCAACUAUUCUAUUAUUGAUAUACAAUAUUUAUACAGAAAUAUGUGGCUGUCGAAGGUGUACGCAGAAGUGAUGAAGUCGAUUUCGAAGAAUAAUAUCGAGGUGUUCGUGGGUUGGGAAUUGAUCGAUUGGCACGUAAAAAGCUUGCCACGAGGAAAAAUGAUAGAAGCGAUCGUAAUUCGCCUGAGAGAUAAAACCAGAACGUUGGACUGCGACGCCUUUCUAAAUUUUCACGAGAAGACCAUUAACAUGAAGAUAUUUUUGGCGAUCUGUAGGUCUGGACUUAUGUUCGACGGCCAGCUGGUCAUAGACACGGAAUUAAGGACAAACGAUCCAUCGAUCUUUGCUGCUGGUAGCAUAACUAAGUAUUGUAGAAGAUUCUACUUCGAAGCCUGGCAACAUAUAUACUUUAAUAGUAUAGAGAUCGGCGAGAAAGUUAGUAGACCAAAGCGUCCUUGCACGAUUCAUAAAUAUUGCGGUUUAUUGGCUAUAAACUUUUCUUUUAUGAUCUUACGAGUUUUAAUGAAAAUUAAUAUUUCAAAACAGACAAAUAUACAGGUAACUGUAACUUUUUCUUCAAACGUUAAAAUAUUUUCGGGUCUGGCGAAGAUUCUUCGAUCGGUUAUCGAAAAUGAACAUCAAGGCAGCGAGACAUCGGUCGCACAAUUGAAAAGCAAGGAAGAUCAACCGAUAGUCGUGUUUCGAUCACCGAAAAUCGUGGCCUGUACUUUACCCGGUGGUUAUCGCUAUCUUCACAUCGGCAAGUCUGGAAAAUCCAUGUUACGCAAACCUACGAUUCAUUACAAUGUUUACGUGAGUUUUCAUUGUAGUUUCGCUACGUUUCGCGAGGAAAUUCGUUUAAGCGAUCGUAUUUAGGGCCAAGUGCUGAUAACAGGCUCGUGUACAUCAGAAAUUGGCUACUUCCGCAUACAACUGAAUCGGUUUGACAUGAUAGAAGCAAUAACGUGUUUCAACAAGAAGGAUUUUGAAGUGCGUCAUAUGGUCGCGUUAUACGGAAAGCACGAGAGCUUACUGAACGAGCUUAAAAUACGUUUCGAAAAGUCGUUGAUCUCGGACUUUUACGCGUAUUUCCGGGAACCAUGGGCCAUGGCGAUCUUCUACGAUAGAUUCGAGUGUCUUCGAGUGGAAAACCGUGCUACGCUCUUGUCGAAAACGGCAAUUCCUGGACAAUCAUUAGUUGACGAUUGCGUGCGUGCACUAGUACAAUCCAACUGGAAUGCGAUACAAGACGACGAUCGUCAGACCAUCCAAUCGAGAUUCGCUGGCUCGGUGUAUCAACAGGAAAUAGAGGAAAAUUUGCUAGAUCUGCUACAGUUCUCCGAAGAAGACUUGCCUGUUUACUGCACUCCUGGAAAGUUCCGUGAAUUAUACGCGGACAUUGAAAACAGUCCACUGUACACUGAUUUGUAACUAAAGAGACUCGUAAAGAUAUUUAAACAGAUAUAGAAACUUUCUAUAAAUAUAUUAUCUGCAUUGCAGAAAACAUUCAAACAUUUUAUUAAUACUAUGUAAUGACACGACUGUCGUGAUCGUAUUUGUAAAGUUUGAAAUAAGAUGGACAGCUAUAAGUGGAUUCGAUUCGUUGAUUAAAAUUUCGUUCGACAGAAAAAAAUUCAUUAUAAACAAAGUUUUACCACGUUUAUAAAAAUAUUCUACGGCAAACAUUCAGAUACUUUUAUGUAUUACCGUAAAUGGGUGAUCCUGUCACAGCUAAUUUCCAUUUCACGCUUUCUCGAACGAACAGGCACGAGAUAAACGAUGACAAAAUAAUUCGCAGCCUUUUUCUUCGACAUGUAAAACGCGUUUUCGAAUCACGCGUGACGCCCGCCAAAACCACAAACACGUUACAGAUCGAUGAAUAGACGCUUCUGAUUUUAAGAUCGCCUUUUUAAUCGGAAACUGUCCUCGAUUGCUUCGUCCGUGCCUGUUUACUUGGCAUGCUAUCCAAUCUGUGGGUCAAGUUUAACAUUCCAAAGAGCUGCUCCAUAAACAUACAGCUCAAGGCAUUUACUCGCCACCUACGCACCAUGAAACGACAAAUACGCGUUAGAGAAAUAUCACGGCACGCCUUUUAAACGCGAAAUUGUCUCUCCGGUUGCUUAUCAGCCUGUGCGAAUCGCGGAUCCUCCACUUACUCUCUUUGGAGAACAGGAUCGCCUAAUCUAAAAGAGAAAGUACGUUUGAGGCCUGACUUUAGCAGCGUUCGACCUGUAACACUUACACGUGAAAAACGAUAAUGAGACAUUCUGUGUAUCUAGGUACACUGUUCGAAACAAUUAGUGAGUUGCUAGUAUGAACAGUUUUAUUGCGUCAAUCGAACAAACAGAAUUACUCAGGAAUCCAAUACUGUCAUCUUUAAUUAAGAUGUUCUGCCAAGAAGUUCUUCAUUUUUCAAGAUAGGUACGUUGAAAUAUUUGGAAUCCGUCAAAUAAAAUUGUAUUAUGUAGAGUAUUACGAAAUAAUGACUCGCAUUUUAAAUUGAACGAGCACGAAACUUCACUGAAUAAGUUACGAACAAAUGAUUUAGAAAAUAAUUAUAUCUUUAUUCUUCAGAUUUUUUGCAUUGCUAAUAUAAAAAUUAAAUUUUAACUUUUGUACAGUAAAUGUUGUAGAAGAAGUUGAUAAAUUAGUAGUAUAUUUACUGUCUUUAUACCGAAGC